CAACUUCUCGUUUGCUUCAGAGAAGUUAACAUGGCGGCGUCCCUGAUUUGUGGCCGAUUGUCGGCUAGCCUGAGAAAUUCUGGGGCCAGAUCGAAACUUACUACUGCAUCCAAGGUGCUGGGUGGUUCCUCCGGCCUGCUUGGGCCUCAGCAGCAGUCCCCCCACCUGCAGCAGCAGCAGAGGAACCUCUCCCUGCAUGAGUACAUGAGCAUCGGCCUGCUCAAAGAGGCUGGCGUCUGUGUGCCCGAGGGCAAGGUGGCCAGCUCACCCAAUGAGGCCUACUCUGUUGCCAAGGAGAUUGGCACCAAGGAUCUGGUGGUGAAGGCCCAAGUGUUGGCUGGAGGCCGAGGCAAAGGCACAUUCGAGGGAGGGCUGAAGGGAGGAGUGAAGAUUGUCUACUCGCCAGAGGAGGCCCGGGACAUCUCCUCACAGAUGAUUGGCCGUAAACUGUACACAAAGCAGACAGGCGAGCAGGGUCGUAUCUGUAACCAGGUGUUCAUCUGUGAGCGCAGGUACCCCCGCAGGGAGUACUACUUCGCCAUCACCAUGGAGAGAUCCUUCCAGGGCCCCGUGUUGAUUGGCAGCUCUCAGGGGGGUGUGAACAUUGAGGAUGUGGCGGCGGAGAAUCCCGACGCCAUCGUGAAGGAGCCAAUCGACAUCAUGGAGGGAAUUAAGAUGGAACAGGCUGUUUCGAUUGCCACGAAGAUGGGCUUCCCUGCUGCUCUGAUCGACGACGCAGCGGCUAACAUAAUCAAGCUGUACAAUGUCUUCAUGAAGUAUGAUGCCUCCAUGCUAGAGAUCAACCCCAUGGUGGAGGACGCCUCUGGCCAGGUGAUGUGCAUGGACGCCAAGAUCAACUUUGACUCCAACGCGGCGUACCGCCAAAAGAAAGUGUUUGACAUGCAGGACUGGACCCAGGAGGAUGCCAGGGACCGACAGGCAGCCAAGGCUGACCUCAACUACAUCGGCCUGGAUGGAUCCAUCGGCUGUCUGGUGAACGGGGCUGGUCUUGCCAUGGCCACCAUGGACAUCAUCAAGCUGCAUGGUGGCACGCCUGCCAACUUCCUGGAUGUGGGGGGCGGAGCUACAGCCCACCAGGUGAUGGAGGCCUUCAAACUCAUCACCUCCGACAGGAAGGUGCAGGCCAUCCUGGUGAACAUCUUCGGCGGCAUCAUGAGAUGUGACAUCAUCGCUCAGGGCAUUAUCAUGGCUGUUACAGACCUGGACCUGAAGAUUCCCAUUGUGGUACGGUUACAAGGAUCCAGAGUGGACGAUGCCAAAGCUCUGAUCGCUGCUAGCCCACUAAAGCUCUUGGCCUGUGACGAUCUGGACGAGGCCGCUAGAAUGGUUGUAAAGCUUUCUGAGAUUGUGUCGUUGGCUCAGGAGGCUCAUGUGGACAUCUCCUUCCAGCUGCCACUCUAAGCCAUGCCCCUUGACCCUACGACUCCAUCUGGACCUAGACACCCCACCCCCAACCACUCGAACAGCAAGAAGAGCCUCUCACUACUGAGCGAAUACUCCAAUACAACACGGCCCACCAACUUCCCUCUGUUAGUUCUGUUUCUCUUUCUCUGUGGCAAGGCUCCAAAAUACACACACGUACAUACAACCCUAAUGUGGGAAUUUUAGCUCUCCUAAUCUCUACUUUCCUCCCUCUCUGUUUUGUUAGGUGUGCCAGGGCUAGUGUGUCUUGUCUGUGGCUUGUCUGUUAAAAUGCAACACACACACAUGCUUUUCAGAUCAGACAUGGGGGUGCUCCUCCAGAUUAUUCCAGUAUUACUCGCUCUGUUGUCGCUUUCUUUCCGUAAGGAGAGACAAUGAUUCCUAGUUACUUCCUCUUUACCCUUCUGCCCACCUCGCUCCUUCAGCUCCCAGAAUGCAUAGCUCUAGUCAUAAUGCACAACCCCCCAACCUUGCUCUUUUCUUUGAGAGGGAGAUGGAUAGAAAGACCACUAUCUAUUUACUGGUACAUUUUGGGAGAAUUUGUGCUGUCUGUAAAGGUAUAGCUAAUUCCCCUUAGGCUUCAUUCUCCUGGAUCAGUGGACUAGAGAGAGUUAUGUCACUGUCAGUCAUAGCCACCCCCUUUAAAUAUCUUUCAUCUGCCCCUACAGGAGAGCCUUGUACUGAGUGGUUCUGAGAAUGGGAGAUGAGAUGGGGAAAGUUGCCCUCUAUGCAGAAUGUAAUGUAGCUCAUCAGAAGCUAGGGCAUAAUACUUGAGCUUGUACAUUGCUGUUAGAAGGACCUCUCUUAUGUCAGUCAUUUCAUUUCCAUGCUAUUUUAAAUGCAUAGCUGGAUAAAAGCUUUCUAGUACUCUCGUUUUGAACUAGUAAGAGUUAUAUUCUUUGUGUGUGUGUGUGUGUGUGAUCUAAACUACUGCCUAUCUGGUUGUCAACAUGUUUAUGUAUUAGUAUUUUCCUUCCCCUAUAAGAGCCUGCUACAGUGUAUGUAGUCUGCCACUAUGUCAUGGGAAAAACCUUUCUCACUUCAUAUGACAACACAAAUGGGGGUGGGCAGUGACCUCCCAACUCAACUGUUAAAAGAUUGUAAUUAAGUCCUCUCCAUAUUUCUCUCCCUCCAUUCCUCUCUCUCUGUUACUCCCCAGCCCUCAGAAAUACAGUUAUUGUGAGUUGUAAGACAUUUAUAUCUUGUAAAUAACGAGACCGCUGUUCUCUUCUGUACAAUAUUUAUGCUUCUCUUGGGGAGUAAAAAAGAAUAAAUGUGUUUGUUGUCGUGUUUUA